AUGUUCGAGCCUGUGAGAGGCGGCACGCGGGGAGGCCAAGCCGAGUUCAAGUGGACCGACGUUUCAGCAGACAAGGACAGAGAGAACUACUUGGGCCACAGUAUCAACGCACCGACAGGGCGGUGGCAGAAGAACAAGGAUAUCCACUGGUACAACCGCGAAGCUAGACAGACUAGUGCUGAACGGGAAGAGGAGAUAAGGAAGAUCAAGGAAACGGAGGCGGAAGCUCUCGCUGCAGCACUGUGCGUC